GAACGGCUGAAGGCAUGAUGGGUCAAAAUAUGUCCAUGAAACAUGAAAGAUCCAACCAUUUGAAAAAUACUCCUUCGAAACUGAGACAAGGAAGACUUCUAUACUUCUUCAUCUGGAUGGUAAUUGACACAUUGUUGAUGCUUUUAGUGACACUGACAAUGGUUGUUAUGGUCAACAGAGUUAAAGAGCUUUGUUUUUGGAUUAAAGAGCACAGCU